GUCUUGGCCGUGCGCGGAGGUGAAAGAAAAGGAUGUGAUGUUGAGCAGACGAAGGUGACAGUGGUAUACGUGUAAAUAAGAAAUGGACAGUUAGUACGAUUCGAAUCAUUUGUGUUGUGAAAAAGAGAUCUUAGAUUGAAACGUCCGGUGUUAUUUACGUGAAAAUAAUCACUGUGUAUACAUUAGCAGAUACAACUUCUUCAAGAAACUUUUGCUUGCCUGCAGUAGUAAUGUUUUGAAGAUACGUGUUCCCCUGCUUGUUUAUUUUUGAAACAGUUUUUGAUAGUAAUUUGUCGUGGUUCCCAAGUUUCGGUCUAGUUUGAACUAAGUUAAUCCAUGAUCUCCCAUUAUUUAAGUAUUUUACGCCGUUGACGAUUGUAAGAACUGCAUGUAUGGAAGUAUCAGCAAUUUUUAAUGACCAGCCAGAGGCUGAAGAACUCACCACAGGAAUUUUUGGUGAUUUGGGUGAAGAACCAUGGUUGAAUGUCACAGGAGGGGAUUCAGAUAUGAACAUGUUUUUCCACAGGGUAGGUUCAGAUCAGAUUAUAUAUCAGAGAAGGAAGAAGAAAUGUAAAAUAAUUGGAAAAUAUGUGAUGGGAGAUUUGCUAGGUGAGGGCAGUUACAGCAAAGUAAAAGAGCUGUUAGACACAGUUUCUCUCUGUAGAAGAGCAGUAAAAAUAUUAAAGAAGAAGAAACUGAGGAGAAUCCCAAAUGGGGAACAGAAUGUUCAGAGGGAGAUUCAACUGCUGAAAACACUACAACACAAGAAUGUAAUACAUUUGGUGGAGGUGCUGUACAACGAUGAAAAACAGAAAAUGUAUAUGGUAUUGGAAUAUUGCGUUGGAGGACUACAAGAUAUGCUUGAAAGUGCACCUAAAAAGAAGUUCCCACUUUGGCAAGCACAUGGGUACUUUAAUCAACUUAUUGAUGGCUUGGAGUAUCUUCAUAGCAAAGGAAUUGUUCACAAGGACAUAAAACCAGGAAAUUUGCUUCUGACACUUGACGAAACACUCAAGAUAUCAGAUCUUGGAGUUGCGGAGUCAUUACAUCCAUUUGCAAGGGAUGACACUUGUUCAACAAAUCAAGGCUCUCCUGCAUUCCAGCCACCCGAAAUAGCAAAUGGUCAUGAGAGAUUUGCUGGGUUCAAGGUUGAUAUUUGGAGCAGUGGAGUUACUUUGUAUAACAUCACUACUGGCCAGUACCCCUUUGAAGGUGACAACAUUUACAGGUUGUUUGAAAACAUUGGAAAUGGGAAGUUUUCAAUACCAAAUGAACUUGACAAUCUCCUCACAGAUUUGCUUAGAGGGAUGUUGGAAAAAGAUCCAGAAAAGAGGCUCUCUCUACAACAAAUACGACAACAUCCGUGGUUCUUACACAAACCAGAUCGAACUACAGAGUAUGUUCCUGUGCCUCCUCUACGUGGAGAUGAUUAUCAUAUGAUGACAGUUUUGCCAUAUCUUAUGGAGUUCCAUUAUGGGGAAGAAAUUUCUGGCACUGAAAAUCAUGUUGAUUAUAUUACAGAGCACCAACUUAAUGAGGAACGAAAGCAGCAGCAGCAGCAGCAAGAGACACAAGGACAGUUGAGACUGAAUGCAUCAGACUCUCAUCCACAUGCUGGUAGCGGUGGAAGUAAACGGCGCUGGAGACGACCAAUUUCGUGUAUUAGUGUAAAAAAAUUUCCCACUUGUAAGCAGUCGUAGCACCUCUUCUAUUCACUGGUGGCUCCCUUUCUACAAGAAGACCACAACCUCUGAUGAAUCUUCUGGUCAAGAAAACCCAACGAAAGAAAGGAAAACUUUUGAGAUAUCCACGUACAACAAGUUUCGUUACAGCAAUCGGAUGAAGGGGGAAGUAGUUACCAGCUCAUUCAUCAGUGAAUUAGUUGUGAAUACAUUCAGUUUUCCAAAAACAAUCAAAUUCCUUUCUCUUACUCACAAGAAAGCUUAUCGACAAGGAAGAUUCUUCAUUAACAACAAGAAGCUAGAGAAUUUGAAGAAAGUGGAAGUUUGCAUUCAGGGCUAUGAAUCUUUCAACAAAGAAAUAUUCAGUUAGCCAACUAUCACUGAAAUGACUGAUACUCUUCAUUCAGAUGUAGAAGAUGAGAACUAGAAUAGUUAAUAAACAACAAUUGUGAUUUUACAGAAUGACUAGUAGCCUGUAAUGACAUGCAAUACCUAAGAUUUGCCUUAAAAGAAGAAGAAAAAGGAGGAGGAGGAGGAGGAAAGCUCUGUUUAGGCUAUCAUACCAAUAUGAGUGAAAUGAAAUAUUAGUUGCUUUUCUACAAGUGAAGUGCAUUUUCUUAUUGAUUAUUCCAUGGAAAUUAAGAAAAGUAGUAGAAUUCAUAAAAGUGAUUUAUUACAGAAACAAUACAUGCAAAAGUUUUUAAACCUGUUAUAUAAUCAAGAAUGGACUAAGGGAUAAAACAGUGUGUCAGUACAUUGGGAAAAUAUGUCAUUUACACAUAUAAUAUGUACAGAUCUGUUAAAAACAAUGUACUCUUAUGCAGUUACAUUCAUUGUUAAACUUGACUAGUGUUCAAUAACUCUUAUCCAAAAAGUUGUUCCAUAUAAAGAGAUAUGGUUGUCAAUGUAUUUUUAAUUUUUCACUUUUAGCAUUUCACUUUUGUAUGUGGAUAUACGUUUCCUGUGCUCUAUUGAGAACUGUGUGGUCUAGAACUAGCAUCACUAUUUAGACUAGUAUUCAUCUGCAAAUUUUCACCUAUAUAUCUUUGCUUUUUGAUAAUGCUUUUAAUAUUAGGUACUGUUCAAUAUGCCCACAUAUUGGAGAGGUAGGCUUUUGAUCAGUUGAAGCUUUCAGAUAUGUUAAAGCAAUGAGAAGCUGUGAUAUGUCAGGCUUUCUCUACAGACCUGUUGCAUAUAGACUUCUCGGGUUUGCUGCUGUGUCAUAUUGUGCAAAUCCUACAAUAUUUCAUUGAUACAACUGUUCGGUGGUAGAUGCUGUUGUCACUGGUACAAGAUGCGACUGCUGAUAAUCGUGCAGAUGCGUUGAAAUUUAACAGGCCAGAAGCAGGCAAUACGUAUGCACAGGAAGACGCUCUCAGUUGGAGGAAAGCAGUGCUCAAAGAGGCCCCUGCUGGGAGUGCAGAAAGCCUUCCACUCAUACACCAUGGGCAAGGACUGUGCUGUCGGACACACCUGUGGUUAAAAGCUGAAUUAAAUUUUAGCUGUGCACUUUGUUGAGUCAUGAAUUGGGAGUUCUUAUUUCUCCUGUUUUAAUUAACAGCAGCCACUGCUGGGUUCUAGGUAGUACUUAAUUGAAAACCUGCAUCCCUGUUGAAAAUAUUGUCCGCUGUGCAGGUAUUUACAGCCUCCUUAAGAACACAGUCCUAGAAAGAUAACACUGAGGAUAGAAUUUCAGUCAUCUUGUGAAAUGUGCGAUGCCCUGUGCCCAGGCAAUGCUCCACUACUGCUGAUUUAUCAGGUUGCCCCAGGCAUGUACAAAGAUGGUGUUCAACACAACACCGUUGCACGGUUUGGCAUGUCUGCUCAAUAUAAGAUUUCCCACAUUGGCAUGUGAUCUUAUAUACACUACAUUUCCUAAGGCCAAGAUCAUCUUUGACCAAACAACAUAUUUCUAAAUUUUGCUGGUGGCCGGAAAACAAACUUAAUAUCGUGUCUCUUGAGGAUUUUUUCUAUUCUUGAAGAGCAUGGGGCAGCACAGUCUUUGCCCACCGUGCAUGCACAAAAGGCCUUGCUGCGACUUCUUGCAGGGGACACUUUGUCCACCGCUUUCCUCCAACUACAAAAGUCUUCCUGCGUACAUGUAUUGCCUGCUCCUGGCCUUAUAAAUUUCAAUGCCAAUGCACAAUUAUCAUUGGUCACAUCUUGUAGCAGUGAAAACAGAAUCUAUCACCACCUGAAGAUGUCAGACUGUCAUAUCAACAAAAUAUUGUGGGAUUUGCACAGUAUGAUCUGGCAGCAAACCCGAGAAGUCUAUUUGCAAUGAGAAGUUAUUUAUCACUAUAUUUAGGCGUACGCAUGGGUUUUGUACUGAUAAUGCCUUUGUUAAUGCAUUAUUCAUUUAGACUGUUUAAUAAUUACUGGUAUUCUUCCAUUGACUAUAACUUAUUUGGUUCUUGCCCCGUUCUUACAAAUUUGUCAAGUGAUGUGUAUUUAUUUGUUUAAUAGCUUUUCAGAUUCUUUCAGUUAUUUACUUUGUACCUCCCACUUUUUCCCCCAAUUUAAACUUUCAGACAUGAGUAGACUAGAGACAUGUGUACUAGAUUUUCUUCUUUAAAUUGGAUUGUAAUAAAUUUUUAUUGCUUUGUGUUGUGUCAAUUAUGUUAUAUAUACCUCAUAAUGUUUUUGUAUCCUGGUUAUUGUAUCAGUUCAUGUAACAGAUUUGGUACACUAUUAUUGUGUGUAAUGACACUAUGUUAAGUAUCAAGUAGUAUGGUGCACUUCACAUGUUUUUAAAAUUUUGUCAUGUAUUGACAGUGUUUCUGACAACAGUCGGUGCCAUGUGACAUUAAUAUUACUUUACUGUUUGGGUUGUUAUCAUCAUCUUUUUUUUGUUCAUGCAUAUUGUAUUAAGGUUAUAAUUGUUUUGUUAUAUGACACUACUUAUUUUGAUGUGUUAGCUAUCAUGUUUGUAUCUUUGGUGUGUAAUUUCUUUGGUCAUGUAUAUCUCACACCUAUUUGGUCCCAUCUGUAAUAGUAGCAUUGAGAUUUUUUCUCUGCCAUUUAAUGGGACAUAGUGUUUCACUUUUGAAAAAUUCAUUCUUCUGGAUGUACACUGAAAGUUUGACUGUGCUGGAGAAGUUCCUCAUAUAUAGAAUUACGUAUGACAUAUGAAGUCUUUGUUUUCUUUUGUAAAUAACACAAAGAACUAUUUUUAUAUGUUGUCUUGCUUUUCUUUGAUUCUACAUUCUGUUUUCUUUGCUUUAUGUUGAUACAGUUACAUGGACAAUGUUUGAGGAUCAAUGCAUGUUGUAAUAAAUAAGAAAUAUAACACA